UUAUAGCCCGGAUAGUUUUCUACAACAUGACAAUUUACACUCUCUACGUUUAUGAUCGCAACGGGACUUGCUUAUUCUAUGAGGAAUGGAAAAGGACAAGGGCGUCUCACCUGUCCAGAGAAGAAGAAAACAAACUUAUGUAUGGAUUGGUGUGCUCUCUGAAAUCAUUUGUUGUGAAAAUAUCGCCAACUAACUUGAGAGAGAGGUUUGUCAGUUAUAGAACCAACUGUUACAAAAUGAAUUUUUACGAGACAGUGACAGGCGUGAAGUUUGUUCUCGCUACAGAUUUGAAUGUAGCGAGCUCGAGGGCACAGGAAAUUCUUCAAAAACUGUACACACAGGUCUACAUUGAGUAUGUUGUGAAAAAUCCUUUAUGUCCGCAUGGUCAACCCAUUGACAGCGAACUAUUCAUUAGCAAACUGGAUGCUUUCAUGCGUGGUCUUACAAUCUUUUCAUAACUCGGUCUUCUGUUGGCCAAAUAGGGUUCGAUUGAAAUAGUUGAAACAAUGCUUGGAUUGAAGCGUGUUUUAUAAUUUGUGGUCAAUAAUUACAUUGUAUGAACUAAAAUUGUUUAGAAAAUGCAGAAUAUAUACUGUUGUAUCAUUGUAUGGAUAUUGGCAUUAUAUAAAUGGAUGGUUUUGUGUCAUUCUAA